AUGGAUAUUUUUCAAUAUUUAUUUAUUGAUUCUGUAUUUCAUCAAUCAUCACAAAUGCCUAUAUUUAAAGCUUCAAUUGAUUUAACAUCACGUUUUCUUGUUCUGUCUGAUAUAAAUCGAAAUUCAAUGUAUGUAUUAACUAUAUAUCAAGAUGCUGAAAAUAAUCGAGCACAUUUUUCAUCAAUAAAUGCUUUCAAUUCGAUGACUAGUCCAUCAUUAAGUUUUGCUAUUACAGCGGCUGAUCAAAUCAAUCGUGAACAUUCUGAUUUUGUUUCUUAUGGUGUUAGAAUGUACAGUAUUCAUACAAAAUUUUUUCAAGAACUUUUACUCGUUUUUAAAACGAAUCGUUUUAUGACAAUAAAUCCCGUAUAUUUUGAACAACAAAAUCAUUCAAUACAAGAUAAUCUUAUUGAUGAUUUUCAUUUUGAACCAUAUAUGUCAUAUAUACAUAAUGGAGAUUUAUCAUUACCUUCAACAACUAUAAAUCGUAUAGAACCUGCUGUUAAUGAUUUUAUUACUCUUCCACCAUAUAGUAUUGAUGAUUUACUUACACCAAAUAGUUCUUUAACAAAUGUAACCGGUUUACCAAAUGUUGAUACAACACGUUCAUUACUUGCAAGUCAUGAUGGAUUAACAACAAAUGUGAAUAAUACAACAAAUACAAUUUCAUCACCAACAACAGUCAAUAAUAAAAUAUCAACAAUUAAUCCUCUUCAUGGUCUUUUACUUGGUAAUACAACAGCAUUUGAUGCUGUAACUAUUCGACAACUUCAACAACAAGAACAUCAUACACAUGUUUCACCAUCACAACAACAACAAAUUGUUGCAACUGUUUCUACUAGUCCAACUAGUCUAAUCAAUGAUCGAUUUAAAUCAAAAGUAACUACAGAUAAAGAUCCAUCAUCAUCAUCAUUAAUUAGAAAUGGUAAGAUUGUAAUUGUUGAAUCCUUUACUCGCUUUAUAACAAUUCUAGAAGAGCAACUAUUUCAACAAUCAUUCGAAUAG